UAACCGGUUCUUCUAGCAGCAUUUACCAACCGAAUUUCGAUGGGCGACGAAGCAGGUAAAUGUGUCAGUUGCGUGGUUCUACUUAUGCUAUCACUAGUGUUUGGGAAGGUGAAAGGAAAGGGACUGACGGCUCUCCGCAGGUAGAAGACAAACAAUAGACCGACCACUGAUGUUUCUUGGACACUUGUGUCCCCAAACUCUCUACAUAACAUUCCAGCGGCAUAGAAUCUCUUCAUUGCAGAGGGCCAAAAAAUUCUUUAUUCAUUCAUUCAUUCUUUCAUCAACUCAUUCCUUCUCUCUCUCUCUCUCUCUCUGUCUCUCUGCGUGCCCAUCUUUCUUUCCGCCAUUAAUUCCCCUAUGAUGAAGCCCGCCAAUGCCUUCACCACUUCCACUCAACAACAGCAUCAUCAUCAGAUUGUUUCUGUUCCUUCUCUUGAACAUCAAGUUAAACCCCACCUGGCAGCAACUGACGUGCCCUUCUCCACCUACCUCAUACCGAAUGAACCCGAAAAGAGAACCUCAUCGCCCCGAGAAUAUCCUGGCUCUGCUGCAGCUGACGACUCUGAGCUGAGCAUAUUUGAUGCCCGGAAGUACUUCAAUGAAGGCGGUCAACAGGAUCAGAUCCUCAGCAGCAGCAACAGGGUCUCUCCCCUCAAGGAGUUCAACAAUCUGAAUCUGUACGAUGCGCCGAGUUUCCCGAGAUUUUCCUCGGCUUCAUCCGUUGAUGGGUAUGGACCAGGAUAUCGGACACGUUCCUUGGCUUCCUCGGAAGCUAGCUGGAACAGUCAGACUGGGCUCUUAUCGAGCAAUGCUCGAGGGGCGAAUUCAGGUCCCCAGACAGGAGGUAAAAGAGGGUCUAGGAUUAUUCCAAGGUGGCUGCUUUUUCGACCCAAGUGUCCAUGCUCGGGAAAGAAGUCGGUCCGAGUCAAGGAAAGAACAGCAGACAAUCAUGGAAUCACAGCACCAAAAGAAGCUGCGAAUCCAACAAUGCCUGUGGAAGUUAGAGCGGUUAAGGUCAACAUAAUUCCUGAUUCCCACGAACGAUUUCUGAAUUCCGUCCGGCAAUUCAGACCAACUGUGGAAAAUAAUUUUCCUUCCGCGGGUGGAGGAAGGCAUCUAGUGGUCUCAGCCCCACCAAAGCCACUUAUCGAUAGCAGUAUUAGUUCAAGCACCGGGUUCACAUUUCCGAUACUUCCUGCUCCAUCAAUGUCAUCAUCCUCACCGCCACCUACUGUGAGAAUGCCAUGGAGCGGUUCGCAAUCGUCUCCUGCAAGCCCUAGUCCCCGUCCUGUUCUUCCUAUUCUUGAUAAUCGGCCUAUAGACUCAUUAGAAGUUUUCAAGCCACCAUCAGAUUAUCUCGAUUCCGGGAAGUCCCUAGAAAAGCGCAUCCAUCAUCCAGUAUUGAAGUUUCCAGUCAGUCUAAAGUCCCAAACGGGCACAACUGCAGACGAGGGUGAUGAACUAGGAAGUGACGCAAGCUCCGACUUAUUUGAGAUCGAGAGCAUUUCGACUCAGGCCACUUACCCAAUAACUCACCAGAGGCAGGGGGACUCGCUCGAUGAGGUGUGCCCGCGAGCAUCCAUGAAUGAAAACUGUCAUAUGGAUGAGAAACAAGGUCAAGUUUCAGGACAAGAAACAGCCAAAGAUUAUUCAGUGACCUCACCUGAGUUCGAAAGAAGCCCGAAGAAUUGAGCUGUCCGACAUGGAGGAGGAUGUGAAUGUGAACUGGUGGUGGAGCCCUUGAUAGAGUCAGAUUGGAAUGACCAAGCAAAGAACAUGUAUAGGGACAUGAAGAAGGGCCCACACCUCUCCCUCUUCCUUAUUUCCACCUGCAAUCUCUCAUUCAAUACAUGUGAGUAGGGCAGACCCGCCCCAAAAGUGGAAAAAGCCACCACUUGCAAGCUCUCAUUUGGCCUCCUUCGCCGAUUAUUUGUCAAGGCACUGUUUGCAAGCUGUGGUUGUGGUCUCUCCUUCCAUGCCACAGGAUUCACAUUUCCUGAAGCAUAAAUUUCUAGCCUGCUGCGUUUUAUUUUCUAUUUUUCAUGAUUAAUCUACUAAUCUCCAUGAAUGACUAUUUUCUUGCUCAUGUUGCAUUAAAAGAAAUAAAAUAGUAUAUGGGCAAACUUCGCCAGUUUCCCGGGUCA